CAGUUUGCACUAAAUUGGUUCUCAGGUCCUAAUUUCUGUCUGUUUGACAGUUAAUAUUACACUACGAAUAUUCCAAUCAUUGGAUUUAGCUACGAGAGUACUUUCUUUCGCAUACAGAUAGCCAAGUGGCGUUCACCGGACAGGAAACAAGAAAACAAAGAAGCCCUGCAGCUCAUAUUAGCUGUCUUAGUUCGAAGAUUAGCUGCGAAAUGCUUGAUUUUCUUUGCGGAUAUUCCAAUACGUCCUCCUACCUACGAAGUACCGUUUGUUAUCUGGCCGAGUAUCGUUUCAUCACUUGGGUGAAUCGACAAGCGAGUUAAGACAAAUAGAAUACAUCAGACAUUGCUGUUCCCUCUGUCAGUAUCUUUCUAGUUUUGGCACCUCGUAGGACGGUAGGAGCCUUGAGGGCGUUUUGUACUUUUCUGGACAAUUACGGAUGGAUCCAGUGUAGCCUGAAGGUCGGAAGGAGGGAAGAAUAUGGGUCUGAGGAGGGACAGCCUGAAAGCUUGUCCGAGGGAGAAGAAGUCUAUGACCUUGCAGAAACUUUUUGAUCUUGAUUCUCCCAGAAAUGGUGCAAGUAAGCUUGCCAGGAGCAGGAACGGUUCUCCCAGGAAAGAAUGCCAGGAUUCUGAAAAUGAGGAAAUCUUCUCUUUGAUCCCACAUUGUUCCGUCAUUUAUACCUUCAAUAAUCCUCAGGAAUCUCCUUCACAGCAAGAUCUCAAGAGGCUUAAGCUCAUACAGCUGCUUUCCAUUAUAAAAUGCUCGAAAACCGCAUUCAGUCGUGAGGUUCUGUCCUCUAUUUGCUCGAUGUUUUCGGCCAAUCUUUUCCGCCCGCUCCCCCCCAGUAAGACUUCUCUCAUCUGUAUCCUGCCUGAUGAUGACGAGCUUGUUGCCACCCCUUCAGCUGCCUGGUCACAUCUGCAGAUUGUUUUCGACAUCCUCCACCGUCUGCUCAUGAAGACUGACCCCAAAGAGCUUCGUGAAUACAUAGAUCAUUCUUUCCUUGUCAAUCUGCUUUCCCUGUUCCAGUCUGAAGAUCCAAAGGAACGCGAAAGCCUCAAGAACGUGUACCAUCAGAUAUACUCCAAAUUCACAUUCUACAGAUCAUUCAUGCGAAAAGCAAUGAAUGAUGUUUUCUUGCACUACAUCUUCGAGGCGGAUCAGCACCACUGCGGAAUCGGAGACCUUCUGGAGAUAUGGGGAAGCAUCAUCAACGGUUUCACAGUUCCGCUCAAGCAAGAACACAAGCUUUUCUUGACGAGAGUCCUAAUUCCCCUGCACAAGCCAAAAGGGAUGCAGGCUUACCACAGACAGUUGGCUUAUUGCGUCUCUCAGUUCGUGCACAAGGACGCAGCUCUUGGUGGGACUGUCGUUAGAGGAAUUCUAAGAUAUUGGCCGGUGACAAACUGUCAGAAGGAAGUUCUGCUCAUCGGGGAGUUAGAGGAUGUGGUGGAAAACAUAGAUCCUGAACACUACCGGACUAUUGCACUGCCCUUGUGUACCCAAAUUACCAAGUGUUUGAACAGUUGGAACUCACAGGUUGCGGAGCGGGGGCUGUACGUGUGGAACAACGAGCAGUUUGUGAACAUGGCGUCGCAGGCAAUGGAAGAUGUGCUUCCGGUGGUGGUUCGAGGCAUGGAAAAGAAUCUGAAAUAUCACUGGAGCAACAGCGUGAAGCAGUUGACGCAGAACGUCAAGGAGAUGCUGCAAGGAUUGGAACCAAGUUUGUACAUCAGGUGCCUCUCGCGGCUUGAACUUGAAGAAUCUGCGGCUCAACACAGAGAGAUGACAAGAAAAGAGAUGUGGGAGAGGGUAGAAAUGGCUGCUGCAACUAGGAACCAAUGCGUCCACCAAUUACGUUGUAUAUGUGUUUCCAGUUGAACUGGAGACGACAAAAAACAGAAAAGAAAAUCAUCCCUCCCUGCCGCCUGCUGGCACUUGCUUACUGCCAAUCAUCAUGUGUAUAAAUUCUUCCAUCCCAAGCCAUAAAUGUAGCCUUUGAUGUUCCACGUACAUUUCAUCA